AUGCCCAAUACAAUUCACUUAACGGAGUAUCUCUUCCGGCGUCUCCGAGAGGCGGGACUGCAGGCCGUCCAUGGAGUCCCUGGGGACUACAAUCUCUUGAUGAUGGACUAUAUCGCUCCCGCCGGGCUGGAAUGGAUUGGGAACUGUAAUGAGCUCAACGCGGGAUACGCUGCGGAUGGGUAUGCGAGAGUCAAAGGCAUCGGUGCCCUGGUCACCACGUUUGGGGUGGGAGAGCUAUCGGCUAUUAACGCCAUCGCGGGAUCGUAUGCUGAACUAGCCCCGGUUGUUCAUAUUGUCGGGACGCCGAAACGUGCACUGCAGACACAAGGGGCCAAACUUCAUCAUUCGGUAUGCAGCGGGAACCCCAGUGACUUCACUAUGUUUGCGGAGAUGUACUCUAGAGUCACCGUUGCACAAGAGAAUCUCUGGGAUGCUUCUAUUGCUCCUGGUCAGAUCGACCGACUGAUUCGGGAAUGCGUUCUCCAAUGUCGACCGGUGUAUUUGCAAGUUCCGGCAGACAUGGUAGCUGAACCUGUCUCUGCCUUGUUGCUGGCCCAACCGCUGGACCUCAGCCAACCGUCGAAUAAUCCAGAAUGGGAACAAGAGGUGUGCGAUAUCAUUGUUGAGAGGAUCAGUAAUGCACAAACACCAUUCAUCUUGAUCGAUGCGGGUACCUCCCGCUACGGAUUAGCCAGCGAGGCAGACGAGCUAGUCCGCACGACUGGUUUUCCAACUGCCACAACACCCUUUGGAAAGGGCAUCCCGGAUGAAACUCUGUCAAACUUUCACGGAAUUUAUACAACGGUGGGAGAAGGAACUUAUGUCCGUUACGUCAAAUCUAGCGAUUUGAUUAUUAACAUCGGCCCCAUCCACAGCAAUGUCAAUACCAAUUGCUUCACGACGAUCCCUAACCCGGACGUUUCUAUUGUUUUUGACCAGACUUCCAUCACCAUUGGUACUAAGACUUGGAACGUCCUCCCAAAGAGUGCAUUGAGAAGGGUGGUCGACUGUCUCCAGCACGAAGUCAUGCUCUCCUUCAUGCCAUACCCAAAGUUACCAAAUCCACGAGCCUUACUCAAGAGUCUGCCGGUGGUUUCCAGAACAGAUGCACUGACGCAAGACACAUUUUGGAAACGCAUGUCCCGAUUUUUUCGUCCCGGUGAUGUAAUUCUAACAGAAACCGGAACAGCAAGUUCGGGCGGAAAAGACUUUGUGUUGCCGAAGAACGUGAGUAUGAUCAAUUCAGGAGUCUGGCUCUCAAUCGGAUACAUGCUAGCUGCCGCACAAGGAGUAGCUCUUGCACAACGGGACAUGGCCUCAAAAGGGCGAACAAUCCUUUUUGAAGGCGAUGGAAGCUUCCAAGCAACGGCGCAAGAGCUGAGCACUAUCAUUCGAAAGAAACUGGAUACCAUAAUCUUCGUGAUCAAUAAUGACGGGUACACGAUUGAGCGUCUGAUCCAUGGGAUGCAUGCGGAAUACAAUGAUAUUGCUCCAUGGAAUUAUCUUCAAUCGCCCUCUUACUUUGGAGCACCUUCCGAUGGCGCAUAUCCUAUAUUAACUGCCAGGGCAAGCACAUGGGGUGAACUUGACGAUGUUCUCUCAGGAGACAGCUUUCAACAUGGCCCGGGUCUACGAAUGGUGGAGUUGGUGAUGGGCAUGGCCGACUGCGCGCAAUCUUUGACAGAUUUCCUCAACAUGUAUUUUUCUAGAAGUAGAUAA